CUCGACCCUGGACCCCUCUAAUCUACCCUGGAGCUAUCCCUUUCUGUUGGGCGCCCCCUGGUGGCGGUGGUGGUGAUUUAACGUGGCGCACUGCCAGCCAGCCAGCCGGCCGGGGAGCUGACGCGCAGGCGCGCUCGCCGCCUCUCUGCUCGCCUGUUGCAGGCUCCCUGCGCGCUCGCCUCUCACACGGUUGUCAUGGAGGAGCCAAGAUGGCGGCGCAGGCCUAUGCGAUGGGCAGACGGGAGAUUAAUCAACACUUCAACAUCAGGAACGCCAAGCUGCUCGCCAUCGGCUUCGUGCUCAUCUUAACCGCCGGCCAUGGGAUCCACAGGAUGUACGGAGGUGGUGAUAGCUGUGAAUGGCUCCUCUCUAGUGGCCGAUUCCUGGGUGAAAAUGUGUGGCAACCUAAUGGCUGCAUGAUGCACAAGUACAAAAUUAGUGAAGUAAAGAGCUGUCUUAUGAACAAAUAUAUAACUUUCAUUGGAGAUUCCAGAAUUCGGCAAUUGUUCUACUCCUUUAUUAAAAUAAUAAGUUCUGGUGUAAAAGAAGAAGGUAACAAGCAUGAAAAUAUUUCCUUUAAAGAUGGAAAAAAUCCAUUGAAAGUUGACUUUUUGUGGUACCCAGAGGUAAACAACUCCAUGAGGGACUGUUUUAAGGCCUGGAUCGAGGAUACUCAACAGAAGCCCCAUAUUAUUGUGGUGGGCGCUGCUACGUGGUCAAUUAAAAUUCAAAAUGGGAGUAUGGAAGCUCUCGCACAGUAUAGAAUCAACCUUACAUCAAUCGCACCUCUUCUGGAGAAGCUAGCAGAAACCAAAGACAUUUAUUGGAUUCUGCAAGAUCCAGUAUAUGAAGAUUUGCUGAGCGAGAAUAGAAAAAUGAUUACUAACCAGAGGAUUGGCUUAUACAACGAUGCAGCUUUGAGCAUUUUGAACAGCAGCACCAGAAAUAUGGCAGCAAAAGUCAAGAUUUUCCGAGCUUCUAAAUUAAUUGCAGAAGAAACCAUGGCAGGAUCUUUGGAUGGCUUGCAUUUACCCGAAACCACAAGAGACAUUAAUGCUAUGAUUCUGAUGAAUUCCUACUGCAACAAGAUUGUGAAGCCCAUUGAUGGUUCAUGCUGCCUUCCUCUGGCUCCGCUCUCUCUAAUUCAGAAAUUGACUGGCUGCUUUUUCAGUAUUUGCAUAAUUGGCUGCUUAGUUGUGACUUACUUUUGUCAUACUUGGCAGAGAAGUAAACCUAAUGCUAAUGUGGAGAGUGGAGAAGAGAAGAAACUCGUCACAGCUUCACUUUCUACUCCUGAAAAACUGCUGUUUUCCCUUUCCAAAUUAGGCCUGAUCAUGGGCUAUUUCUUUCUCUGUGACAGAGCUGAUUUAUUUAUGAAAGAGCAAAAAUAUUACACGCAUUCAACGUUCUUCAUUCCAUUGGUGUAUAUAAUCGUGCUGGGAGUUUUCUAUAAUGAUAAUACAAAAGAGACCACUAUGUUAAACAGAGAACAGACAGAUGAAUGGAAGGGCUGGAUGCAACUAAUAAUUCUGAUAUAUCAUAUAUCAGGAGCAAGUACUUUUUUACCUGUGUACAUGCAUAUUCGAGUACUGGUGGCAGCAUACCUGUUCCAAACAGGUUAUGGACACUUUUCUUACUUUUGGAAAAGCGGAGAGUAUGGAAUCUCUCGAAUUUGUCAGAUAUUAUUUCGACUGAAUUUCUUAGUGGUGGUGUUGUGUCUAGUAAUGAAUCGACCAUAUCAAUUCUACUACUUUGUUCCAUUAGUAACUUUCUGGUUCAUGGUGAUCUAUGGCACUCUAGGCAUUUGGCCUCAAACCGGCAAAAAAGAUGAAAACGGAUCCUGUUCCCCCUAUUGGGAAGUGGUGUUCAAAUUGCUUGGCUUGCUAUUGUGUAUAUGCCUACUAUCUGCUUCUCAGAGUUCUUUUGAAAAUGCUUUUUCACUGUGGCCAAUUUCAAAACUAUUUGAAUGGCAAGGAUUCCUGCACGAAUGGUGGUUUCGUUGGAAAUUGGAUCGUUUUGCAGUUCUACAUGGUAUGUUCUUUGCUUUUCUUUACGGUGCAUUAAAGAAGAGUCAUCUAAUUUCUGAAGGCAAAGGAGAGACAUUGUUUACACCCAGAAUGUCAUCCUUCUUACUUUUUACAUCGGUGGUUGUAUUUUUGACCUAUUCAAUAUGGUGUGCCAGCUGCAAAAAUAAAGCCGAGUGCAAUGAACAUCAUCCUUACUUCUCUGUAUUGCAGAUCUUGUCCUUCGUUCUUAUUAGGAACAUUCCUGGUUAUGUUCGUUCUGUGUACAGCUCCUUUUUUGCCUGGUUUGGCAAGAUUUCCUUAGAACUCUUCAUAUGCCAAUAUCAUAUCUGGCUUGCAGCAGAUACCAAAGGAAUUCUUGUACUAAUUCCUGGCAGCCCAGUGCUCAACAUUAUCAUCAGCACUUUCAUCUUUGUUCUAGUUGCUCAUGAGAUCUCGCAGAUCACCAAUGAUCUUGUACAAAUAACCAUUCCCAAAGAUAACUACGUUGCACUGAAAAGAAUGCUGUGUGUGGCUAUUUUUUUAUUUGGAAUUCUCGCAUUGUCAUCUUUUGAACAAAUGAACAAACAACUCAAAUAAUAACUACUUUCAUAUUUAAUGAUGUGACCUCAGUUUAUUGAGGCAAGAGAGCAUAUAUAGGUGCAACACUGAAAUUCAACACAACAAAUCUGGAAACAAGUUGCUGCAUAUGUACAUAGUGUUUAAAGAUGUUUGGCUAUAAUAUGAUUAUUUGGAAGUGACUUUUAUAAACAAUGGCAUGACUACUGAUAAUGUGGCAUUUCUAGAAAUGCAAUUUCAUGUGAUUUUCUUUUUGGAUGCAUUCUACUUCUGUGGUUUUUGUACUUCAUUUCUACAUCAGAUUUUCCAUAUUUUCACCUUUUUUAAAAUGGCAAUUAUUCCAGUUUUAUGAAGGAAACAUUUUACAGCUUAAAUUUGAUCAUAAAAUGCCUAUGAAUACAUAUUCUAUGUGAUUCAAUGCAGCCAUAUUUAUUGAAGAUAACAUUCGGAUGCUGAACACUUAAUGUUUUACCUUUUAUGGAUUGGUGGUGGUCAUGGUGAAAAAGAAGAGACUUUGGUGUGUUAAUCAUUAUAGGUGCAAUGGUGGCAUAAUUACAGCUUUAAUAUUUAUUUCACCCUCUCAUUCCAGAGGCGUGUUUGUUACUUCAAAAUCUGGUGUUGCAUUGUUGGUAAAAUAGAGCUGACUAAAAACUGCAUCCACUGACAGUGCCUGAUUAAUUUUAUUGUGGAAUGGACGAGAGUUGACGUUCAAAACAUGGUAUAAUGUUGCCAUUGGACUGAAGCAGUGGCUUAAUUAAGGACCUUUGUUUUGGGUGUGAGAGAAGUGAUCAACUGUGUGUAAAUUAAGCUGGAACAAUUCAAUCAUCAGUUUCAAUGUUAGUUUGUGAUCAAAUUGUAUAAUUAAUUAUUUUGUGAGAUUGUUAAGAAUUGUAACGAAACAGCAACAAUUUGCUUCAAUUUGGUUUCUGUGUAAAAUGUAAAUCAAGACAAAUGCAUUUGCUACUAUUGAAAUUUAUUUUAGCAGGGAUAAUAAAGGGGGAUGCAGGAGGAGCUGAGAAAUUUUAUUACAUAAUUAUGCCUUCCUCCAAGUUUCAUAUUAAAUUUGAACUAUAGUACACUUCUUGCGUAUGGCGUGAACAGCCUAAAGUUGUAGGACAAUUUGUUCUAUUUGAUCUUACUUGAUUGUGCACGCCAGGUUGAUUGCAUUCGUCGAAACAGGGCGGACCACAUGAAGGUUGCAAUCUCCCACCCCAACUAUAGUACACAAUCUGCUAGCUUUCAUCAGUAUAAAUUCUUUUUUGGAAAUGGCCAAACUGAAAAAUGUGCAUGUACGAAAAAAGAUUCUGUGAUUUUACAAAAACUUAGACUUUGAUUAGUUUUGAUGAAUGAUUUUUAAAUUAUUUUAGAAUACAAUUCUUUUGUUUCUAUCCAGUACCAUCAGGUGAUGUGUAAAUACCAUAACGUGCUUGUUUUCACUAGCUUUAUUGUUAACAUAAAAACAUCAUGAAAAUGCUGUAAAUAGUCAUGAACUUCUUGUAAUGAUCAGGGUGCCAUAAAUCAUUACUAUUUGUCUUUGAAAUCAUGGUAAAGUUGUUUUAAAAAAUAUACUUUUCCUCACUGUUUCAAGCCAACGUGUAUAGGGCCUGUGAUGUACUAUUUUAAAAUUGUCUUCUUGCACAUAGUUUAUUAUUCAAUAUUUCUGUGUAUUUCACUGCAGAUAGUCCAACGUCAGACAUUUUUUUUAAACCAGACAUGCGGAAACUCAAUUAGUUCUUGAAGUAUGACAUUAACACUUUUUGAAGAAUUCAAUAUUUGGAACCCAUAAAACAUCUUAAACGGUCUAUUUUGACAUGUUUGCUUAAGAGUAAUUGAAAGCAGGUAAGAUUAAGGUCAGCGAUAUUCCAAGUAAUUUUCUAAAUUCAAAUUCACUGGAAUCAAGAAUAAAAUGUGUAAUCUUUUUGUUCAAUGAAAUCUCAGGUUUCCUCCCUGCAUAAUAAGUGGGUUAAGCCAUAGCCUGGUCCAUCAGUGACAUAAGUGUAUGAGUUAGCUGAUUUGGGCUAAAUGUUCUGCUUUGUCUAGUUGAAAAAAGGUGCAUGUGAUUGUAUUCUGCUUCAGUGCUCUGUACAGUUGAAUACUUUGUCAUCAUUAAUAUCAAAUGAUGCACGUGUUCUAGCACAGAACUCUGGUUCAGCACUUAAUAUUUUUUGAACGGGGUAAACCAGGUGUUGAAUUGGAAUGUUAUCACAGUGCAGCUAAAUUUCCAGUAAUAAAUCUGCACUAUUAUGUUUGUGAUUGCCACAGUUAUUUCAGCGUUAUUUUAUUAAAUUGCUAUUUUUAUUCAUUGUUCUAAAAGUCAAAAACAUCAAUUGAGUAUAUUUUGCACCGACUCAGUUUAUGAUGUUUCCCUAAAUGCAUGUGCAUUACAGAAUGCUUGGCUUGUGGGUACUUUCUGUGGUCUGUAUCUCUUUCAAAAGUGGGACAUUUUUUUUAUGAUGAGGCCCUUUCGGUAUUAUUAAACUUAACAUAAAAGAAUUUGGCUGAAGAAGCAACUGAACUUAAUCAGAUUUCUGCCUCUUAUAAAUUCCUGCAGUUAUAGAAAUUCCUAUGUUACUACAAGCAUAAUACUAAAUGUUUUUUUUUUAAUGGUUAUUAUUGCACUUGGGAACAAUGUUUCAGUAUCACCAUUCACAUUUGGAGUUAUGUUUCGGAAACUGAUCACAUUUUGUAAUACAUUUUAUUUUUGAGAUUUUGCACUUGUGAAGCUGUGACUCCAAGCUCAAUGGAGUGAUAUGUGUUGAAUUUUUUCUGAAAGUGCUACUUAUUUUUUUCAAAUAAAACGUUGAAUUUUCAUUUUAAAAUUUUACAUUUGCGGCAGAUUUCCAGGGUGGUGUGAAAAUUAUUUAUUGUAUAGUGUACAUUUUUAGCUGAAUUGUUUACAAUUAUUUUGCAGCUUUCUAAAAUAUUGCCUGUGAAAUAUUUUUGCCUUUUUCAAAUUGGAUUAGUGCUGUAAAGAUGAAAUAUCAUUCAAAAAUGUGGGUUCUUACUCUUCUACAUGAGGCAAAUUUCAUAUGCAUUAAUGCUUGAAGAUUUUUUACACAUUUUUAUUGAACUUUGCAAAAUACUUGGUUAUGCUAAACAUUAAUAAAAUUACUCCUGGCUUGAAUGUACAUUUAAUACAUAUUUCAUUGCAUGUUCAUCUUGUCAUGGAGUGAAAAGAUUUGUAUUCUGAUUUACCUGAAUCUCAAUAGUAACAGAGUAGAUCCUUAUUUAUUUCAGGAAAUUCAUUGUCCUCAGCCCUGUAAAUGAAGGGAUCUCUAGCAUUUGAUUGGGAUGGCCAAUGUAACUGCAAAAUAGCAGCAUUAAACAGUUCAAAUGAAAUCAGUUUAAUAAUGGACACUUUUAAAAGAUUGUUAUCAAGUAUACUGAUUAACUAUUUACUGUUGCCCUGCAGACCACUGAUUUAUUAUAGCAUUCUUGGUCUUCUGGUCCCAAAUAUUGUCCCUGUGCUCUCUGCUACCUUUGCAAUGAAUCAGCUGUUUGUAAGGGAUGGUGUCAGAAAGACGGAUGUAAGCUGCUCAAGCCUCGUCCAUCAGUGGGCAGACUGCCAUGGUCCUGGUCUUUAAUGUGAUGGAUGCUACUAUUUUCCCCAUCCCUGUUGAAUGACAACCUGGCUCCUAUUGUUUUCCCCCUCAGUGCCUAUUGAAUGUGAUGGAAGUUGCUACUUCCGCCCUCAUUUGUUUAGCUACACAGUACUCCCAACCCAGAUACCUCUGCAUAACAAAUCAAUGGUGGUUGCUGGCCACCUAGCACAGUGCCUAAGAGAAAUCUCCAGGCUGGGAAGAGCUAUGCAGCCAACAAAGUGAGGAGGUGGCAACUUUCAUCACAUCCAACAGCUGGUGAGAAGAGAGCCAAGCCACAUCUCUCUGUCAACACAUAGAGCAAGUGCUCUGCUUGUCCCAGCUCCUUAACACCAGCCUCAGCAAUGAGCUGUGACUGAUUUUUCUUAUGGAGUCACACAAGUUGUUUGGGGCAGCAGCAUUGUCAGUUUCAUGUCCCCACAUGUAAUAGUGUAAUGAUCCCUUUUACACGCAUUCUAUUCUGAAGAAGGAUCUUGACCCUUCACCUAUUCCUUUUCUCCAGAGAUGCUUCCUGAUCCGCUGAGUUACUCCAGCAUUUUGUGUCUAUCUUCGGUGUAAACCACCAUCUGCAAUUCCUUCCACAACAUACAUAAUUCCAUUAACACUCUGGAAAUAUAUUGGUAUAUUACAGUAUAUUGGUAUAAUUCAGCAGGAAUGGUGACCAUAAGUUAUUUACAGAUCCUACAACUUGGCCAAUCUUGAGUAUGUUAAUAAACAUUAUCUUGUAAAGAACAAAUUUAAGGCUGGAGCUUUACCAAUGCAGAUGUAAUUUCUUCACUUUUCAGCAAAAAGAUAAUUUCCUUGCGAAUGGGAAAUUUAAUGAAAGUUUGUAUCACUUCUGUUUCAUGUCACUGAUCCAAAAACAUUAUUGUUUUAUUGCAGAUUAACUACCAAUUGUCAGAAAAUCAUGCAAACAUUUGAAGCAAAUAGUUUAAAAAUGCAACAGACCAAUUAAAAGUAAUUAUUGAAUUAUUUCCUUGGCUGCUGAAGUAGCUAGAAUUGAAAUUCAAUCUGCAAUCCUAUAUUGACACUAAGUUCUUUUGAAAGAGAGUUUCUUUAUUUUUUAAUUUGUUCAAUGAGAGUGACAUAAAUCGAUAAAGCAGACAUUUUCUUUGAAUGACAAAUGUCAAGAAUAUUGAUUCACUCACCUGCAACCUCCUUUAUCUGCUGGACAACUGUAAAAUGUAACUGGAAACAUGGAGAUAAUGGUUGGAUUACUCUGGUAACUUGCCAGCAGCUAACAUAAAGAACUAGUAGUUAACUAUACAGCACCUAUGAAGGGUGGAUCGAUCUGCCUCUGUCUGCCAUAGGUUUGACCAUUGCAUUGUCUGAUCACUUAUCUUUACCUCAGCUACAACUAGUGCAGACCCAUUCAUUUGACUAGGAGCACUGAUGAUCUACAAGCUAAAAUGUUUUAAUCUUCAAAACAAGUUAUUAUUUAUUUCAAUUAACAUUUGUUUAAUCUUUUUUUGGCACUAUUUUGAAAUAACUGACCAUGAGCGGAAAUAUUGGGAAGGUCUUGUGUUGGGUCCCAGGUGAAGCCGUGCUUUUUGUAGUUUAGGAAACUUUCCAAGAUUAAAUACAAAAUCUUUGCCUCCUGAUUCACAAGUCAUUGCAUUUUUAAUAGUCCUAUUUUAUGAAUAAUAACCAGUGCCAAAUAGGAGGCUUUUACAUAGAAUCUCUUGUAUGCUAACAACUGCGGAACAAAUGGUGCCUAAUAAAAUUCCUUGUUACUGAUUUUGAGUGAGACUGCUCUGUGAUGCAGUUACAAUGUUUUGUGUUCCUGUGAUGACAUACUAUACUGCUGUUUUUUGUGAAAUAUGUGAAAAUGUUAGGCAUCUGGAUAUUUUCAGUUGUUUAAUAGUAAUAAUGGGAAGGCAUAUUAAAUUAUUGUAGCUACAUAAUGCUGUAUUUCUGCUGCAGUUUGCAAAUUAUACAUGAAAUAAUUUAGACGUACAUUACGCUACUCAGUUACUGUCUGAAUAUAUUUUCCUUACAAUUUAAGUCUAACAUUAAAAAAGUGUAACAAAGAGAUCAGUGAAUGUGCAAAUUUCAGACUUGGCCUUAUUCAUUGAUGAUUUGAAUCGGAGUGUAUAUGAAAAGUAAAAACUUCCCUAAUUAUUGUACACCUAAACUAUUUCUUUAUCUGUUUGCACUUGAAAUGUAUAGAACGUUAACACCUGCCUUGUAAAAAGUGUCUUUUUUGGUAUGCUUUAGAAAUUGCAUCAUAAAGUUCAUGUGCAAAACA